AUGGCAUCGCUAGUAACCGCGAAGUAUGACUGGAUUUUGGCCAUUACCACCAUCGCUUUCGUGUUCAGUGCCUUCGGUAACGGUGCCAACGAUGUCGCCAACGCUUAUGCCACUUCCGUCGCAGCCCGAACGCUCAACAUGGCCACGGCCGGUGUCCUGGCUAUAUUCACCGAGUUCAUCGGCGCAGUAGCCAUGGGCAAACGAGUCACCGAUACAAUCAAGAACGGCAUCAUCGACAUCGACCGCUUCGAGGGCAAGCCUGGUGCGCUCAUGUUGGCUAUGGGCUGUGCAGAAAUUGGCAGCGCUACAUGGUUGAUGGUCGCCACUCGCAUGGGCUGGCCUGUUUCGACAACGCAGACUAUCGUCGGUGCCCUCGUUGGUGUUGGUUUUGCCUCCCAGGCUUCUAUCAACUGGGGCUGGUCAGAUGGCAGUGUCUCCCAGGUUGCUGCAUCUUGGGGUAUUGCCCCUCUCGUGGCAGCUGCGUUCUCGGCUAUAAUAUUCGGUACUCUCAAGUACAGUGUCCUUGAACGUCAAGAUUCAUUCAAAUGCGGCAUGCGUAUGAUCCCAGUCUACCUUGCAUUUACGGGAGCUAUCCUCGCCCUCUUUAUCGUCAUCGAAGCCCCCACAGCACCCUCAUUGGAAGAGUUCGGGGCUGGCAAAGCAGCCGGCAUCAUUGUGGGUGUGUUCGUCGGUUGUCUCAUCAUUGCCUAUGUCUUCUUCAGGCCAUAUUUCAUCCGCCGUCUCAUCCGAAACGAUCCCCGCGUCAAGUUCUAUCACCUCCCUCUCGGCCCCCUUCUGCUCACAGAAAAUCCACCGCUAUACUUCCCGGGAAAAAGCGAUGAGGUCGUGGUCAACUACUAUGAGGAUGCCUACGGGGAAGUGCAAGCCGGGCACAACGAUGAACACAAGGAAAAGUUCACAUCAAAUGCAGACUCUGUCGUGCCCACGCCGGAGAUUACAGCAAUGUCCAGUCCGUCACACAAAGGGGAUGACGAGGAGAAGAUCACACCGCAAAGCCAGCCACGGAAGAAGCAUCUCGAACCAACUGAACGUUUCAUCGAUCCUGUCCGACACCUCCCCUGGACAAACCCCCAGAAGGCAUAUGGUUAUCUCAAGUACAUUCUCCUUCAGGGCGUAACGCGUGAUGUGGUUUCACACGACUCGCCUGAGCUGCGGGCAAUCCACGCACGUGCCAACCGGUAUGAUGACCGCGUCGAACAUCUCUGGACAUACUGCCAGGUCGUGUCGGCUAUGAUGAUGUCAAUUGCACACGGCUCGAAUGAUGUGGCCAAUGCUGUUGGUCCCUGGUCUGCUGUGUACAGCACAUUCAACGCUGGAUUUGUCGACACUAAGACACCAACCCCGGUCUGGUUCUUGGUUGUUGCUGGUCUGCUGCUCGGUCUUGGAUUCUGGUUUUACGGGUACCAUAUCGUUCGUGCGCUGGGAAACAAGAUCACCCAGAUGUCCCCCACGCGUGGCUUCAGUGUUGAGCUUGGAGCAGCUAUCACUGUGAUGUUGGCUUCAAGGCUUGGCUUGCCCGUUUCCACGACGCAGUGCUUGACUGGUGCCUCUAUGGGCGUCGCUCUCAUGAACUACGAUCUUGGCGCCGUCAAUUGGAAGCAGCUUGGCUUUAUCUUUGGUGGCUGGGUCUUGACUUUGCCUUGUGCGGGAUUGGUUUCGGGGCUGCUUUGUGUGAUGGCAUUGAAUGCUCCUCAUUUGUAG